CCGCGGCCGCGCUCCGCAUGCAUGGCAAACACUGGGUAGGGGCGGCGGGUACUUAAAGCCGCCUCCUGUCGACCAGGGCAGUAGUGACACUUCCGCGUCGCUUACACCAUGUCGCCGCUCAAGGUUGUUACCGCCGUGCUCGCUCUCGUGGCAACCGGCGCCGCCCGCCCAGACCACGGGGCUAUUCCUGGCAGCGUCCACGAAGCUGCUCCUCAGCCGUCUUACGGAGCCCCGCCGACUCCUCCCCCGCCCACUUACGCCCCUCCACCCCCUCCUCCCCCACCCACUUACGCCCCUCCACCACCUCCUCCUCCCCCCCCCACUUACGCCCCUCCACCCCCUCCUCCCCCACCCACUUACGCCCCUCCACCACCUCCUCCUCCCCCCCCCACUUACGCCCCUCCCCCCCCUCCUCCCCCACCCACUUACGCCCCUCCCCCCCCACCUCCUCCACCCACCUAUGCCCCUCCAACUACAACCACUUAUGCCCCUCCACUCCCCUCCACUUAUGCCCCUCCACCCCCACCCACUUAUGCCCCUCCACCCCCACCCACUUAUGCUCCCCCUGUUCCUCCACCCCCCUCCACUUAUGCUCCCCCUCCCCUCCAACCUAUGCUCCUCCUCCUCAACCUUCCACGUAUGCCCCCCCUCCACCCAGCAAGUAUGGCCCCCCUGAGCCAGAGACACCGAAACCCGCUUACUCGUAUGAAUGGGUUGUCAACGACCACUACUCCGGCAUCGACUUCAGCCACCAGGAGAGCCGCGACGGCUACAACACCCAGGGCUCCUACCACGUGCUGCUGCCCGACGGCCGCAUCGAGAGGGUCACCUAUACCGUCAUCGGGGACGAGGGCUACGUCGCCACCGUUGAAUUCGAGGGCGAGGCCAAGAAGGUGGAGCCCUACGGGCACACGGAGGCCCCGACGCAGGUUUACACACAGCCGCCGGCGCCGGCGUAGAAUUUGAGUCGUGUCGCAGCCGUGACAGGGAGCGAGAAGAGGCAGUCAACGAACUUUCUUAAAGACGAGGCCAUAGCGAUUGACUCCUGUGUCAUUUGUGGUUUGUCUGUCUGGCUUGAGGCAAUAAUCUUUCCAGAAUUCGAUAUUGUUUUUACCUUUAGCUUGUUCGUGGAAUGAUGAAGUUUCACUCGACAAUGCAAAGCUGUUCGACGCUUCAAAUGAAAGACAACUUAAUAAAACCACUAAGACAACCUGCGUCGCCAGCCUCAUGAGGAGUUUUCUUUUUCCUUCCGCUCACACGGCACUGAGGCAGCGAUGAAUGACAAGUGGGUGAAUUCCUGAGUGGUGAGGGAAAAACAUAUUCCCGAACCUUUCAGUGACCAUCACAGAAAUUUGUUGUAAUUCUUGUCUCGAGUGGCUCGCGGGCACAUAUAUUCAACCAAACACGUAAAUUUCAUCCACCACUUUUUUAUUUAUUUGCAAUAAACCAAUAAAUUAAUAAAAUAAGG